AUGGACAUGCGAGUUAAAACCUUAUGUCCUUUCAAUAAUUUAAAAAGGGAGAGGAUUCAGUAUGGUAUAGCUCAUAUUUUUCCAUACCAAGUCACACAAAAUUUUAUUCUAAAUCUUUUUUUGGUGGGUGUGAAUGGAA